UUCAAUCCGUUUCCUGUCAGGAGCGGAUGGCCGAGGCUGGGCCCGGCUCGGAGCGGGCCGUCUUCGCUGAGCAUCGGCGGACGCUUCGCUCGCGCGCUCCGGCUUCCCGAGAGCCGACGCGGCGGGAGGCGUAAAAAAAAAAAAAAAAAAAAAGAACUCGAGGCUGCUGUCAGCGCGAUAAUGCACCAUGGGACCGGUUCACAAAAUGCACAGCGCCAGCUCCAGAGGUCCCGAUCCUUCACCGGCAGCGAGAGCGAAGAUCAGCAGGCCAACUUGCCGCAGUCCCUGUCGCCUUCCUUCGCUCCUUCGGCCAGCCCUUCUGCCCCUCAGUCUCCCAGCUACCAGAUCCAGCAGUUUAUCAUGAGCCGCAGCCCAGUUGCAGGGCAGAACGUGAACAUCACCUUGCAGAAUGUGGGACCCGUUUCUACUGCCAGCCAGCAGAUCACCCUGACCCCGUUGCCGAUCCCGAGCCCGACCUCCCCCGGUUUUCAGUUCAGCCCUCAACAAAGGCGGUUCGAGCAUGGAUCCCCCUCCUACAUCCAGGUCACUUCUCCGUUGCCCCCUCAGGUCCAGUCGCAGAGCCCCACCCAGCCCUGCCCGGUGUCCGUUCAGACCCUAUCGAGCGUCCGAGCAGGCACGCCGGGCCCCGGCUUGGGCAUGUGCAGCCAGAGCCCGACGCGAGGCUUCGUGGACGCCAGCGUGUUGGUGAGGCAGAUCAGCCUGAGCCCUUCGAAUGGCGGAGGGCACUUCGUCUAUCAGGAAGGAUCCGGCCUUGCCCAGAUCGCUCAAAGCGCCACGGCUCAGGUCCAGCUCUCGUCCUCGGGCACCUCGGCGACUGUCCGAGAACGCAGGCUGUCCCAGCCCCAUUCUCAGACCGGAGGGACCAUCCACCAUCUCGGACCUCAGAGCCCCGUGACUAGCGGAGGAACUAUCCAAGGUUUGCCCAACCCCGGACACAUUACCACCAGCAACCUGCCGCCACAGAUCAGCAACAUCAUCCAAGGGAUGCAACAGCAGCAGCAGCAGCAACAGCAGCAAGGACAGCCCUCAAACAGAACUUUGGGCUUUGACAGGACUUCUUCCGGAUUAAUCGCUGGGGUGGGAGGUCCUGCUUUCGGCAUCACGUCCCCACCGCCUCCCACAAGCCCUUCCCGGGCCAGCAUCCCUCAAGGACUAACCGGCCACCCGCUAGGCCCUUCGGUUUGUUCCGUGGUGAAAAAGCCCAAAAAAGUGGAGGAAAUCCCCCCAGCCACCCCAGAAGCCGCUCAGAUGAGGAAGCAGUGCCUGGAGCACCACUUCAAGCAGACGGAGGCUCUGAAAGACGCUUUCAAGGAGUACCUGAUCGAGCUGUUCUUCUUGCAGCACCUGCAAGGGAACAUGAUGGACUUCUUGGCCUUCAAGAAGAAGCAUUGCGUGCCGUUGCAAGCCUACCUUCGGCAGAACGACUUGGACCUGGAGGAGGAGGAGGAGGAAGAGCAAUCGGAGGUGAUCAACGAUGAGGUAAAGGUUGUGACAGGAAAGGAUGGGCAGACUGGUACUCCUGUUGCUAUAGCAACCCAGCUUCCUCCAAAUGUUUCUGCUGCUUUUUCAACUCAGCAGCAACCAUUCCAGCAGGUGCAUGCAGGGACUGCAGUAACGGGAACUGUGAAUGCCAUAGAAAUCGAAGCCUUUAAGAGACAGCAAGCCCUUACAUCAGCAGAUUCGUCUAAGAGACCCCGAAUUGAAGUGGGCCGUCAUGGGAUGGUUUUUCAGCAUCCGGGCGUGGCUUCAGGAGUCCCUCUUCAACAGCUCAUGCCAACUGCACAAGGUGGAAUGCCUCCCACCCCUCAAACUGUGCAGCUGAUGGGUCAGAAGCAGAGCCAACAACAGUACGACCCUUCCAAAGGUCCCCCAGUGCAGAAUGCAGCCAGUCUCCACACCCCACCGCCUCAGCUGCCCGGCAGACUGCAGCCCACCAACGUGCCCAUCAGCUCUCUCCCGCCAACGCUGCAGCUGGCGCCCCAAGCGGCUCAGAUGAACGACCCCCCCGUGCAACAAGCGGCAAUUCACGUGAAGGCUCCGCCCCAAAACGUGACGGUCACCGCCGCUGCUGCUGUGUCCCACGGCCAGGUUCAAGCGCCGUCACACCCACAAGGGCAGCCGGCAGCCCACGGACCGGGGCCAAUGACCCCCUCCCAGGUUGUGUCCUCUCAAACUCCAACCCCACAGCAGAUCACAACUCUGUCUCGUCCUUCAUCCGACUCUAACCAAAACUCCCAGCGUAUUUCAGCUAACGUGGUUCCUCCUACCUCAAGCAACCCGCCAACUUCUGGUUCCAACCCUGCCCCGCAAACCACGCACUCAACCCAAGCCAACCGGUCCUCGCCAGGAUCAACUAAGUCAGCCUCUCCUGUGGCCUCCAAACCACCAGGGCUGGCCGUGGCAGCAACCCCCAAAACUCAGAACACAACACAAAAUACCGCAGCAGCCCUGCCUCAGGAUAGCACACACGAGAAGUUGGCCGAACAAGUGAAGUUGGAAAACCAAGUUCACCAGCGCAUCGCGGAGCUGAGAAAAGAAGGCUUGUGGUCCCUGAGACGAUUGCCCAAACUCCAGGAGGCCUCCAGGCCCAAAUCCCAGUGGGAUUACCUCCUGGAGGAGAUGCAAUGGAUGGCCACGGAUUUUGCCCAAGAAAGACGAUGGAAGAUGGCCACUGCCAAGAAGAUGGUCAGAACAGUGGCUCGCUACCACGAAGAGAAACACCUCAAUGCAGAGAGGGCGAAGAAGGAAGAGAAGACCAAGCUAAGACGUAUCGCUGCUACAAUUGCCAGAGAAAUAGAAUAUUUCUGGUCUAAUAUUGAACAGGUGGUGGAAAUAAAGCUACAGAUUGAAUUUCAAGAGAAAAGGAGGAAAGCCCUGAAUUUAAAAAGGCGAGCCAAGAAAGGUAAAGAUUCGAGGCACUUAGAGGACAUCCUUCUGGAAAAAGGAAACAAAUCGGGUUCGUGGUCCUGUAGAAGAAAAAGAAAAGCAAGCAUGUCUCUAACAGACGACGAAGUGGAAGAUGAAGAGGAGACAAUAGAAGAGCAAGAAAAGAAGGAAGGGAAUGUCAACCAUCAGAUGGAGCUGUCCACGUUGGUGAAGGAAGCUGAGCUGCCUUUGGAUGAUCUGGUGAAGAUGUACGAAGGAGCCUUCUCCGAGAACUUUCACUGGCCCCAGCCAAAGCCGGAAGAGGAGACGAGUGAAGAAGAAAUGGAAGAUCAUCCAGCCGAAAGGGAACUCCUUCAAAAGGAGGUCAUCUCCAUUGAAUCUCUCCUCAGCAUCGAGCAAUACAAGGGGGCCGAGAGAAUGAUGGCCAGCAAAAACCGUGGGCGAGAUAUAGCCGAAGUGGCGGCCACAGCAGAAGCUCUGUUGCCAAAAGGCAGCGCCCGGAUCACCACUGCGGUCAAAUACAACACCCCUCCCCUCUUGUACGGCUCCCUCCGAGAGUAUCAGAAGAUUGGCCUGGAUUGGUUGGCCAAGUUGUACAAGAAGAAGCUGAACGGCAUCUUGGCCGACGAAGCCGGCCUCGGGAAGACGGUGCAGAUCAUCGCCUUCUUCUCACACCUGGCCUGCAACGAAGGGGAUUGGGGUCCUCACCUUGUCGUCGUCCGAAGUUGUAACAUUCUGAAGUGGGAGCUGGAGCUGAAACGUUGGUGCCCGGGCCUAAAAAUCCUGCUCUACAUCGGUACCCAGCGAGAACUAAGAAUGAAAAGACAGGAGUGGACAGAACCCAACAGUUUCAACGUCUGCAUCACCUCCUACAAGCAGCUCUUCAAAGGCCACCAGGCAUUCAUGAAGAUACGAUGGAAGUACCUCAUUGUGGAUGAGAUGCAGCAGAUUAAGAACAUGACGGAGAAGCACUGGGAAGCCCUUUUCCACCUCCGCAGUCAGUACCGCUUACUCCUGAUCGAUACCCCCCUGCACAACACCUUGAUGGAAUUGUGGACCAUGGUGCACUUCCUGAUUCCAGGAAUCUCCAAAGCUUACCUGGAUUUCCCAGUGAAAGCGGCCAACGAGGAGAAUCAAGACUACUGCCAUAAGCUCGUCAUCAGGCUGCACAGGAUGAUCCAGCCGUUCAUCUUGCGCAGAUCGAAAAGGGACGUUGAGAAACAGCUGACGAAGAAGUACGAACACGUGCUCAAGUGCCGGCUUUCCAACAGGCAGAAAAUGAUGUACGAGGACGUCAUUCUCCAGCCCGAGACCCAAGACGCUGUGAAAAGCGGGCACUUUGUCAGCGUUCUUCACGUCUUGAUGCAGCUGCAGAAGAUCUGCAACCACCCGGAUCUGAUCAACCCUCGGCUGUGCGGCUCCUCUUACGUCUCGGAGGCAUUGCGGUUCUCGACCGCCUCGCUGGCCUUAAAAGCCUUGGAGAGCAACCUGUGGAAGGUUGCCGACCUGAGUCUCUUUGACCUGAUUGGGCUGGAGAAGAAAAUGACGUGGUAUGAAUCCCAGGUGGUGCCCAAGCAAAAAAUAACCCGGAAGCUCAUCGAAGAGAUUUACACCUCUCCCCUGCCGCCUCCUAGGCCUGCUCCCGUCAAGCUGAAGCCCAACAGAUUGUUUCAACCUGUUCAGUACGGACAAAAACCGGAAGGCAAGAUGGUGACUUUUCCCAGUGCGCAAGUGCAACGGGCCACCGGUGUGGCUACGGUCGCUCAACAGGCCCAAGUGCGAGGAAGAUCUCCCAUGACAACGGUAUCGGCCAACCCAGCCGCCGUUGCCGUCUCCUCGGCUGCCACCGCAGCGCCACCACAAUUGCCGCCUUCCUCCAGUGUUCCUCCACCUCCUCCUCUUCCUCUUCCUCCUCCAAGACAUCAGCCAGCAAUGACCUUCGCCAACGCAACUAGCCCGGCCCAUCCAGUGAAACUGCGGGGCCAGGCUACCGCCCAGGGCCUCCAACUAGGGCAGGCCCAGCCACAGGCCCCCCCACCCACCAUCCAACAGAGUGUCCUGCCUCAGAGGCUCGUGUUAACCAGUCAGGCACAGGCUCGGUUACCCAGGACACCAGGUCGGAUCACGCAGCCGGAGACGCCGGUGACGCUCCAGUUCCAGGGGAACAAAUUCACUCUGUCUCACAGCCAACUCCGCCAGCUGACCGCAGGACAGCCUUUACAACUGCAAGGCAGUGUCCUGCAAAUCGUUUCGGCUCCAGGACCCCAAUAUCUCCGACCUCAGGGCCCUGUGGUGGUGCAGACGGUGCCCCAGCCUGGGACUGUCCAAAAUGCUCUCAACGCACUCGGGAACCAGCAUCCGGCGGGGUUGCAGACUUCGGCAGGAGCUCAGCCAGGAAGAACCAUGGGUGCUAAUUUAGCAUCAGGAGACUCUGCUUCUUCCCUGAAAUCCAGCAUUCAUGGUGGUUACUCACAGGAGUCAUUCGAGGAGAAAAACAGGCUUCUGAAGGAGCGCUUGGACCGGAUCUUUUCUUGCAAUGAACGGCGUUGCUCUCGAGCUCCCGUCUACGGCAAGGACCUUCGUAGGAUUUGCUCCCUGGUGGGCAACCCCAACACAGCGCCUCAGUUCUCCGCCAGGACCAGCAAAUGGAGCUGGGCUGGCUUUGUAAACUGCGGCCUCUCCAAAGAUCAUCCAGACCCUCUCAGAGGGUUGGCCUGGCAGCUCCAACAGCAGCAGCAGUCCUUGAGGGACACCAUCAACAGGGCGCUCUGCGUGUUGCCUGCCGCUGUGGCCGCUCCUUCGUCUUUGCACGUGGCGAGGCUUCCCGCUGCUUACAGCCAUCGGAUGAAACUCCUCCGGCACAACCUGAAGGACAAGGUGUUGCCUUACCUGAACCAGCUGCGUCAGCUGACGGUGCCCCGGCUGCUGCUCCCCUUUCCUGACCUCCGUCUGAUCCAGUACGAUGCAGGGAAGCUGGAAGCCCUGGCGGUCUUGCUGCAGAAGCUGAAGUCGGAAGGCCGAAGGGUGCUGAUCUUGUCCCAGAUGAUGCUCAUGUUGGACAUCUUGGAAUGGUUCCUCAACUUCCACUUCCUCACCUACGUGAGGAUCGACGAGUGCGCGAACCAGGAAGAGCGCCAGGAGCUGAUGAAAACCUUCAACCGAGACAAGCGGCUCUUCUGCGCCAUCCUCUCCUCCCACAGCCGCUCCACCGGCGUCAACCUCGUGGAAGCUGACACUGUGGUCUUCUACGACAACGACUUAAACCCGGUGAUGGAAGCCAAAGCUCAGGAGUGGUGCGAUCGGAUUGGCCGGUGCAAAGACAUCCACAUUUACAGGCUAGUCAGUGGGAACUCGGUCGAAGAGAAACUCUUAAAAAACGGGACUAAGGAUCUGAUCCGAGAAGUAGCCGCUCAGGGAAAUGACUACUCCAUGGCCUUUUUAACGCAGCAAACCAUUCAGGAACUGUUUGAAGUUCACUCACCCAUGGAGGAUUCGGGCUUCCGGGUGAAAGCCGAAGAAUUUGUCAUGCUGUCGCAAGAGCCGUCUCCCUCCGAAACCAUCUCUCCCAAAGUGGCCAGGCCUUUCAUAGAGGCUCUGAAAAGUACCGAACGAGAGGAAGAGGAGAAGGAGGAGCAAGAAGAGAUGGAAGAGGAUGAGGAGAAAGAGGAGUGGAACGUUCUGGAUGGAAAGAGCGAGUCGGCGUGGAAACCUCUGGUUUCAGAACUCGGAAAGGCACAAUAUCUCGAGCAGCCUUCGCUGCUGCAGGAGCUGGUGGCCGUGGUCGAUCAGCUCACCCCCAUUGAAAAGUAUGCCUUGAACUAUUUGGAAUUCAUUCACGUUUCUGCUGAGGAGAAUGAUUCCAAAGAAAAUGAGGCGGAAGUGAGGACGGCAAAACGGAAGUGGGAGACUCAGCAUCUGAAAGGUCUGAGAGCGGAAGAGGAGAAAAGGUUUCUGGAAGGGAAGGAGGAAGAACUGUUCACUUACACUCGAGAAGACGCCUAUAACAAAGAGUAUUUUUAUGAAGGACCAGAUGGACAAACUGAAAUCAUGCCACUUUGGACUCCGCCCACCCCACCGCAGGAUGACAACGACAUUUACAUUGACUCGGUCAUGUGCCUGAUGUACGAGCCGGUCCUCAUCCCAGAGUCCAAGCUGCCUCCCGUGUACGUCCGGAAGGAGCGCAAGAGGCACAAGACCGAUCCUUCCACCGCAGGAAGGAAGAAGAAGCAGCGUCACGGAGAAAUCGUCGUUCCUCCUCGCUCCCUCUUUGACCGCGCCACUCCGGGAAUGCUGAAAGUGCGCCGGGAAGGCAAGGAGCAAAAGAAGAACAUCCUGCUCAAACAGCAGACCCCGUUUGCCAAGCCCUUGCCCACCCUUGCGAAGCCGGCGGCGGAAUCCGGCCAGGACAACCCCGAGUGGCUGAUCAGCGAAGACUGGGCGCUCCUCCAGGCUGUCAAGCAGCUGCUGGAACUGCCGCUCAACCUGGCCAUCAUGUCCCCCGCGCACACCCCCAACUGGGACCUGGUGAGCGACGUGGUGAACUCCUGCAGCCGCGUUUACCGCUCCCCCAAACAGUGCCGCAACCGCUACGAGAACGUCGUCAUUCCCCGCGAAGAAGGGAAGCUUAUGUAUGAAGCGAAUCCUAAGAAGAAGACUAAAAGCAUUUAUAAGAGCUUUAAUGAAUUAAUCCCUGCAACACCCCCUCAGACAAAGAACAGUCGCCCGCUUCGGACCAACCAGUUGUACGCCCAGGACGAAGGUGCGUCGCACACCCAUCUCUACACAAACCAUUUCGAGAUCAUGAAACUGAUUGCUGGGAAGAGGAGUCCGCCCAUCAAACCCCUGCAUGAAAACCAGCUGGGUGCAUUUGGACCAGUCCCCCUCUCUCAUCCAAGUCCACCUCACAGACUUGGCAUGAAUCCCUUCCAGAAAAACCCUAAACACACUUCAGUCCUUGCAGAAAGUGGCAUCAACUACGACAAGCCACUGCCUCCGAUUCAAGUUGCAUCUCUCCGAGCAGAGCGCAUUGCAAAGGAAAAGAAGGCUCUGGCAGAGCAGCAGCGGGUUCAGCAACAAGCCGCCCCACAACAACAGCAGCAGCAGCAGCAACAACAGCAGCAGCAACAACAACAACAACAGCAGGCCGGACAGCAAACCGCUCAGCCAUUGGCGGGGCAGCAAGCACAGUCUCAGCCCCAGGUGCAAGGCCAGGGCAUCCAGCAGCCCCAAGGUGGGCUGCAAACAGCCGCGACCACGGUGGCAAACACAGCUGUGUUGGCUGGCACCAUGAAACCCACAGUGACCGGGACCAACAUACAGACAGCCACCGUGAGCGUCAACACCCUAACUGGCGUCCCGGCGACGACGUUUCAGCCCAUCAACAAGCGAUUGGCUUCACCCAUCGUACCCGGCACGCUGGCGACCUCGGGAGCAGGAACCACCACCGCUCAGGUGGUCCAUUCCCAGCAGAGAGCCACCGGCACCUCAGCCGCCUCCUCGGAACUGGUCACCCUCACGUCUACACCCGGAGUUCGAGCGGUCACUUCCGUGACGGCCUCAGCCGUGGUGACCACUAACCUGACUCCAGUCCAGACCCAGCCAAGGUCUUUGGUCACUCAGGUGACACCAGGUAAAAGCUGUGCCGGGUACGGUUUUGCCCACGUGACCCGCCACAGACCGAAUGAGAAAUUUCUAGGACAGAUCCAUUUAGAGAAAGUCAGGUUCCCACCGUACCAUCAGAAGAAAAUUUAA